AUGAACCCAAGUGGCCCCGGCUACCCCCUGGCGUCCCUCUACGUGGGCGACCUGCACCCCGACGUGACCGAGGCCAUGCUGUACGAGAAGUUCUCUGCCGCGGGGCCCAUCAUGUCCAUCCGCGUCUGCCGCGACGUGGCCACGCGCCGCUCCCUGGGCUAUGCCUACAUCAACUUCCAGCAGCCCGCGGACGCUGAACGAGCCUUGGACACCAUGAACUUUGAAGUAAUCAAGGGCAGGCCCAUCCGUAUCAUGUGGUCCCAGCGGGAUCCGGGGCUCCGGAAGUCAGGAAUUGGCAACAUCUUUAUCAAGAACUUGGAUGACUCCAUUGACAACAAGGCCUUGUAUGACACCUUCUCUACCUUUGGAAACAUCCUCUCUUGUAAGGUGGUGUGUGAUGAAAAUGGCUCCCGGGGAUUUGGUUUUGUCCACUUUGAGACGCAGGAGGCUGCAAAUCAAGCAAUCAACACUAUGAAUGGGAUGCUGCUUAACGACCGGAAAGUUUUCGUGGGCCACUUCAAGUCUCGGCAGGAACGGGAGGCAGAGCUGGGGGCUCGAGCGCUGGAGUUCACCAACAUCUACGUCAAGAACUUCAGAGACGACGUGGAUGAUCUGUGCCUUCAGGAACUCUUCUCCCAAUUUGGAAAGACUCUCAGUGUGAAGGUGAUGGUUGAUGAAAAUGGCCAUUCUCGAGGCUUUGGUUUCGUCAACUUUGAGAAGCACGAGGAAGCUCAGAAGGCUGUGAGUAGCAUGAAUGGGAAGGAGCUCGGAGGUCGGGUCCUGUAUGUUGGACGGGCCCAGAAGAGGACAGAGAGGCAGGGUGAGCUGAAGCGUAGAUUUGAGCAGAUGAAGCAGGAGAGAGUGAACCGCUACCAGGGUGUGAACCUGUAUGUAAAGAACCUGGAUGAUGUCAUUGAUGAUGAGAAGCUACGGAAGGAGUUCUCUCCGUAUGGCGUGAUCACCAGUGCCAAAGUGAUGACAGAGGGUGGCCACAGCAAGGGGUUUGGCUUUGUGUGUUUUUCCUCCCCAGAAGAGGCUACAAAGGCCGUGACGGAGAUGAAUGGACGGAUUGUCAGCACCAAGCCCCUCUAUGUGGCCCUGGCCCAACGCAAGGAAGAGCGCAAGGCCAUCCUCACCAACCAGUACAUGCAACGCAUCUCUGUCCUCCGGAACAUAAAUGGCCCCAUCUUUCCCCAACCCACCAAUUAUUUCCUGCCUGCCAUCCCCCAGUCACCUACCCGAGCAACCUUCUACAGUCCCAGCAGCAUGGCCCCAGUUCGACCUGCCCCCAGGUGGACCAGCUUUUCUCCUAGGUCUUCGUGUGAGUGUUUCCCCCACUCCUUGUUUUCCACUGCACCUCUUCUCUUCUCCAUCUCCUUUUUAUCCUCUUUAACUUGUACACCUAGUGUAGCCAUUCUCUGGUUCUUCCCUUUGUUAUUUUGCAUCUCCUCUUCGCCAUCACUGACUUCUAGGAGUCUCUGGUUUCUGCACUGGUACAAAGUGCCUGCCUUUGAUAGCUUGUUCUUUUCUUGCCAGCCACACCCCGGCACUCCAUCUCCAACAUCAGUACUGUCCAGCAGGCCUCUACUCAGGUGCCCCGGGCAGGGCCCCACACCCAGAGAGUGGGUAAGUUGGGACUGUCACUUCCUCCCACCCUGGUCUUGUAUAGAUCCCCGUGGAGGGUAGAGAGAUCAACAAGAAGGUUCACUUUUCCCCAAAGGUGAAUGUGGUAUUAUUUGACUGAGAAGGGCCAGGUCAUCUGCCCUUCAUGUUUACCUGGGAACAAGAAUGUACCUGCUCCUCACAAGUCUCCCCAUAAGGAAGGAAGGAGCUUGGUUUUCCUUGGCAUUCCUGGUAGAUGGAGUGGUCCCCCAGUUAGGCCUCACUCUUACUGUUCCAUUCCUCCCAUCUGCACCCUCCUCCCCAUACCCACCACAAGCUGCCAGGUCCACGUAAGGAAAACCUUAACCGGAGCUAAAAGUAGAAUAGCUGUCUUGGGAGAUAGACAGCUUCCUGCCACUGGAUGGCUGCAGGUGAACUAGUCCCCAGGGCCUAGUGCCUGGGGUACAUAGUUGGUGUUUAAUAAAUACUUGUUGACCUAACUUGUAAAAGGAUUUCUAUCCAGGUACUGGACUAGCUGGCUUCAACGUCCUUUCCAGCUCUGAGAUGCUUUGAUUCUUAGUGUUUCUCUUUAUGUAUUACAGUCAAUAUUGGGACCCAAACUAUGGGAACUGGGUGUCCAGGCUCCCCGGGCCACGCCAUCGCCCAGUACAAGUACUCCUCAGCUGUGCCUAAUGCACAUCAGGUAAAGGGUUUGUCCAGGCCCCCAGACUGGUCUGAGUCCAGGCUUCCAGAAUCAUGCUGGGCUGCUUACUUGCUUGGUACUGCAGUUUCCACAUCUGCAAUUUGGCCAUUAUGUUUUUAUAUGUUUUUCUUUUCCUUUCUCUCUCAGACACUUUGUUCGAAACGUUGCUCAAAAGCCACCUCUUCUAGGGAUUUCUUCCAUGUUGAAACUAACUUAAUUGAUCAUUGCUUUGUGUCCCCAGUAAUUAUAAACGUUAGAGCUGGGGAGGAAGGACCUUUUGGAACAGAGAUACUUAACCUUUUUUUAAAAAUUCAUGGGCCUCAGGUUGAGUGACUUUUCAUGUCUCAUUCCACUUCUUAUAGAGGAAGAAAUUGAGGCUGCAAGGCUCAGUGGCCCUACCUAAAGUCAGCAGUGGUUGUUGAGGUCUAGGUGUAGAACCUGGCUUCUUUUUUCAACCCCAUGCUGCCUUUGUAGUUACAUAAUUUGGUUUCUACUUAUUAGUCCUUUUCCUUUCUCUUAAAAUGAGGGACAUUGUAUAUGGAAUGAUUUUUAAAACGCUGUUGUCUUCCAUGUGUCUUUUCACAUCACACACAGUAUGAGCUUUGCCCAAUCUCCUUGUCCCUGGUAGGCAAAGCUUUGCAGGCAGGUGGUUCUGAUGUUAAUCUGUAGUUAGUAAUGUGCCUGUGUGGGGUUUAUUUCCAGGUAAUGGAGCCAGCUGUGCAUAUCCAAGGGCAGGAGCCUUUAACUGCAUCUAUGUUGGCUUCAGCCCCACCCCAGGAACAGAAGCAGAUGCUUGGUAUGUGCACAGCUCUUUCCUGGUAGUAUUGGGAGCAGUUCGGGCCUGGGUCUGGAUCCGAGUGGGAAACUUGCCUUGAUAUUAGUGUAAAAACCGUUAGCUUCUGGACCAUGGGAUUGAGAAACCAAAUGCUUGGAUUUAAAUCCCAACUCUUGUUAUCUAUUACCUGGGCAACCUUGGGCAGGUUACUUCUCUUGACC